AUGAUGCCGUUCCAUGUGUCGAAUGAUCUGCUCGGCUUGGAUAAAGUCUCCAUGCUUGGCACACGCGUGCAGUACCGUCGUUUUCGCGCUAUUGUGGACAAGGCUCCGCGGAAUCAGAAGCCAUUGCCCAAAGCUGAACCCAUUUACCAGGAGCCACUGGAAUGGGACGACGACGGGAAGGAAAUCGACUUGACACGUCCAGGAAAGGAGACGUUCUCGCUGGAGAAUGCCAACUACGAUGGACGCUUUGACGAGGAGGGCGAGGACGAGGACGAAGUGGACGAAAGGGACAGCUACAAGCUCAGUCCAGAGGCCUUGGCACAAGUGGAAGCGUUGCGUCAGCAGGAUGAGUCCAGUCACGAAGAAGUGAAGAAGGCCGAGUCGACGGCACUGGUCAAGACGGAGCGGAGUAUGGAAGUCUAUGGCCAAGAGGACGACAAGCUGUUUGCUGACAGUGAGGAAUCGCUGGACUUUGAGCUGACGCCGAUGGACUUGACAGACUUUGGCCAGUUCCAGACGCUCAACAUCAAGCGUGCGGAGGUUCGGGUCCAUGAAAUGACCUUCGAGAAGGGUCUCAAGCCGUCUCGGACGACGUUGAACUCGAUGCUGGGCGUGUACACGAAUGCACUGCGUCUUCGCUCGGCCGAAGUCUUCAUGGACGAGACGUUCUCCCAGUUCGAGCUCAGGCCCAACAAGUUCACGUACCGUAGUAUGAUGCAGAUGUACGUGCGUGCGAAGCGGACGACCCAAGCGGAGCAGUUGCUGGAGCGUGUGCGCUCAGAGAUCGAGAGCGGAGAUGUGGAGGCGGACGAGCUGCAGGAGAAGCAUCUGAAGAAGAUCCGCGCUCUGACGGAGAAGUACGGCGUCUUUACGGAUCUCAUUUCGGAGAACCCGAACGCGGUGCUUCUCGCUAGCUCUCGCUACAAACUCAUGGAGAAGCGGAAGGUGCGUGCCCAAGUGUUGGAGUACAACCGCAAGAUCGGGAAGCGCUUUCUUCUUCCGGAAACCGUCUACUAG